AUGGGUAGUUCUAAGCAUAAUUAUUCCAUUGAUCAAUGCGACCAUAACAAUGAAGAAAAUGAUGUUCAUAGCACUAAUUGGUGUAACAAAUUCAAUCAAAUAUGGGAACGUAGCGAUUAUCUUUUUGGUUUAUUACGCUCAUCCGAUGAUUUUUAUCGGCAACCGAUUAAAUUAAGAUUGCCCUUGUUAUUUUAUCUUGGUCAUUUACCGUGUUUUACUUGGGCACAACUGCAACAUUUAGAUGGUGUGAAUAAAAUUAUUGAUGCUUUAUUCGAUAAACUUUUUCAACGUGGCGUUGAUCCAAAUGUGCUAACAGGUGUUGUGAAUCAUGGACAUUCAAGUAGAUUUUCAAUUAAUGAUGAAAUAGAGAAAGAAUAUUGGCGAAGUUUUAGCGUUCAAAGUGUCGAGGAGUAUAAAAUCAAAGUACGUUCUGAAAUUAAGAAUGUUCUCAUGAAUGGUGAUCUUAAAUUUGAUGACUUGAAUGCUUUAAAUGUAUUGAAUAUUGCUGUAGAACAUGAAAUGAUGCAUCAAGAAACAUUAAUAUAUUUAUUUGCUCAAUUACCGAUUGAAGCAUUUCGAUCGGAUAUCAGCAAUGAGAAAGAUCUUCGACGACUUUGUGAUGUUACGUCACCUUUACCAGAAAAUCUUUGGAUACCAUUGCCAGGAGGACAAUUAUCAUUGGGAAAACCAUACAGUGAACAAUUAGCAACAUAUUCAUUUGGUUGGGAUAAUGAAUUUCCUAGUGAACCAACAUAUGUUCCAAAUUUCGAACUACAAUCACAUCCAGUUCGUAUCGGUGAUUUUCUUCAAUUUGUCUUAGAUAAUGGCUAUACAACAAAACAAUGGUGGGAUGACGAUGCUUUUGAAUGGAUUACUGAAACAAAACUAUCUCAUCCAACAUCAUGGAGUUAUGAUAAUUCGUAUCGUGUAAAUUUCGUAUUACAACGUGAUAUACCUAUUGAAAUUGUGCUUGAUCAUCCUGUUAUUGUUAGUCAAAUUGAAGCCAAAGCUUAUUGUCGAUGGUUAUCAAAUAAGACUGGUUCGGAAAUUGAUUUACCAACUGAAAUCGAAUGGGUUUAUGCUAUGUGGGAUUGGUCAAAAUGCAUACCUUUGGCUUUAGCGAGUGGUACUCAUAAUGCUAACUUUCGUCAUUUACAUACAGCACCCAUAAAUAAGGGAACGAAUAAAAGUUUACAAUGGCAAGGAUCGGCAUUUGAAUGGACUUCAAGUAUAUUUCGACCAUUUACAGACUAUCGUGGAAGUCUUCCUACUUAUCCGGGUUAUUCUGCAGAUUUUUUUGAUGACAGUCAUUUUGUACUAUUGGGUGGUUCGUUUGCUACUGAUUUAAAAUUAAUUCGACGAACAUUUCGUAAUUGGUAUCAAGAUAAAUAUCGAUAUGUAUUUGCAACAUUCAGAUGUGUUAAACGAAAUGCACAUACUGAUCAUCCCUUAACAACAGCUGAUCAUGAAAAAAUUGUUAGAUUAUUAAGUAAUUCAAAUCAUCGUACAAUUCCAUCGGAAUAUUUCUACGAUGCACAAGGUUCAGCUAUUUAUGAACAAAUAACUUCACUGGAUGAAUAUUAUCUCUAUAAUCAAGAAUUAAAAUUGUUAGGAAAACGAGCUGAUGAUAUCAGAUCGACAAUUCUUCAACAUUCGAAUAUCCACAAUCGUUCAUCACCGUCUAAUAUUCAUAUUAUUGAACUUGGUUGUGGUGAUGGUAGUAAAGUUGAAACAUGGUUAUCACCAUGGAUAAAAUCAAAGGAAAAUAUUUCGGUUAUUUAUCAUCCUGUUGAUAUAUCACAACAUGCCAUUGAUUCGCUUGUUCAACGGUUACAAAAAACAAUGGGCGAAGAUAUUAUUAAAGAACAUGUCAAUCCUAUAUGUUCAACAUUUGAUAAGAUGUAUACACAUCUUAACAGCAACGAAAUGGAAGUACAAGUUGUUAUGUUACUCGGCAGUACUAUUGGUAAUUUCGCUUCGUAUGAUUCCAAUCAUAUUAAAUUUGGCGAAAGUUCACCUGCUAUGAAACUAGUUCGUUCGGUUCGAUCGAAUUUGAAAAUUGGAGAUUGGUUUAUUUGUGCAUUUGACCUCUGCAAGGCUACAAAAACAAUGAUUCAAGCAUAUAACGAUCCGAAAGGUAUUACUGCAGCGUUCAAUUAUAAUCUCUUAAUUCGCCUCAAUCGUGAAUUAAACUUUAAUUUUAAAAUCACAAAUUUUCUACAUUAUGCAACAUUUAAUCCUCUAUUACAACAAAUGGAAAGUUGGUUGAUUAGUACAAAACAACAAACAGUUAGUGAUCAGAAUGGUUUUUCAUUGGAAUUACAAGCUUAUGAAGCCAUACAAGUUGAAGUAUCUGCAAAAUAUACUCCUCACGAUAUUCAAACAUUGAUAAGUAAUAAUUCUUUUAAAAUUAUCGAAUGCUAUACAACAGAUGAUCAUUAUUUGCCUUAUGCUUUGUGUAUGGCACAAGCAGUCUAA